AUGCUCGUCGCCACCCACAUCUCUGCCUCUUUCGAGGAUGCGGCUCGCAGUGCUCCGCCAAUCGAUUUCCCGCGACUAUCCGAUGCUUCAUGGGACGAUGCACUCGCCAGCACGGAAUCCGAGUUGGCAGUCAAACGCUCAGAUGGCUUCUUCCUCGUCACCGCCCUGAAAGCAUGUAUACUUGCUCACCUGGCGCAGUCCAUGCGUUUGACCAAGGCGAAAGAAGAUCUUCACGAGGAUGUUCUGCUCGAGCCUCUUAUCUCGCUGUUGUUGCAAGACGCGGGCGUGUGGGAGCGAAAGAAGGACGAGCCUGAGCGGCAGGCAUGCAGGGCAUUCUUUAUCUUCGCCGACUUGGUUGUCGCGGAGCGGGGUUUCGAAGAGUUUUCGGUCUGGUUCAACGCUAUGUUUACGCCAAUCAUCCGUGCCUGUAUUGGGGACCUAUUGCGACGAAUUACCGUGCAAUCGCCCCACCCAAGCCCAGACCACGACUCCACGCCGAGGAUUCAGAUCUGUGGUGCAUCCAGUCGGGAAAUCUUGAUUGCGCUGCGUCGGCGACAGGCUUUCUCUCAAGACCCUACCUCUGUUGUUCCGCCGGCAGAUCCGGGUGCUUUGGCUUCUCUUCAACUACGUCUUGGCACGCAUUCGAUAGAACCGCGACCCUCGGAAGAUUCUGCAACACCAGUUCUGUCUACAGUCGCACAACCUGAACUUGGAUCAGCAUUUCAUCGACCCGAAACAGAGCCUAGCGUGACAAAUGAGCUUUUAAAGGAGGCUGCCCGUUUUAUCGAAGAAACAAUUGAGAUGCAUCAACGGGGGGAUAUCAACGCUGGGGCCAAAAUCGGCGGCAUGGAUAAACCAACAGCUUGGGCAUCGUACAAGACCCUCCCGGACGCUUGCGACAAGAGGUCCGAGCCUUUUGUUGUACAAUCAGCAAGCGACUCUAUGGUUAAGAACAACAUGAGCACGGAAAAAGAUGGGCCCAAGGCGACAGAGGCCGUGAACCGUGGACUCGCCUGGCAACCUUUGCCACUCUCGAGCGGAGGGAUGGCCAAUCUUCCUCUUGCCGCGUCCAACCAAGCCGCCUCAAGCCAUUACCCGAAAUUAUUCGAAGCACCUCUGCACGAUGAUAUUCCACCGCAAUGGUUCUGGCCCAAUGCGCCAACAGACAUAUUCUCUAAUCCGAUGUUGACGACCCUCGCCCCUGUGCUCUACUGGUCGUAG